AUGUCAGCAGACGAGCUUCUCCGAACCACCGUGACCCUUUCUCCGGACCCUGCCACCUACAGACCAAGACCAUCCUCUGAAAGGACUCAGGAAAUUUCGUAUUUGUUGACAAGUGUCUUCAAAGACCUAUACUCCGGUGAAGUCAUCGGGAAAGACACAGGAGCCAACCUGAUAAAGUCGAGAGGUGGAGACAAUCCUUUCCACCAGAUGUUUGUAGAUGAACUGGAAAAGAUUCGUGGGGAGUAUGAACAUCGACUGGCAGAAGCUGAUAGGGUAGAAAAACACAUUAUUGAGGCGCGCGCCCGGGCUUCUGCGGAAGAAGAGCGGAUCCUUAACCGAUUGAAAGAGGAGGCCGGAGAGGCGUUUGAGUCUCUGGGGUUACCCCCAGUGGCGUCGUACUUCAGGUGGUGCGUAGACAGCGACCUUCUAAAGAAACAUAAACUUAUCUCGCCAGAUGAUUAUAUAACAGAUGUUACUCCUGUCACCAAGGCACCCAAAGGCAAACCAGAGCCUUCUUUUUGCAAGGAGACCUUCAGCUUUCACCAGCACAUUUCUAGAAGCCCAGUCGAUGAUGGCUACACAGAGUUCCCGAUUCCAGAACCGGAAUGUGAGAGACGUACCUUAGAAUCCUCUUCGUCCUCCCUAACGUUAUUAUCAACCUCAGACAUUGAAGAUCAGAACAAGAAGAAAUCUACCAAAAAAUCCACAUCAGGAAAACCGCGCUCGUGGAAACAGACGAUGAGCACAGAAGACAAGGAGAGAGAGCGAUCCCACCUGGCCAGGCUAGAAAAAAGGCACAAUUUCCUGAAAAAUCCUCGUUUUUUGCACGGGCGCUCGCUCAUCGCUCCAGCCAAGAAAACCGAAAAAAUAAUAUCUGGAAGAAAAAGAGUCGUGCAAGAAAGUAAUCCGUACGAGCCGGUGUUUAUUCCCAACCCACCCGUGGUCUUCUUUCCGGACUAUGAAGUUGGCCGGAUCUACGAGACGACGGUGGAAUUAAGGAAUAUGACUGCUUCCAGCCGCCACGUCAGAGUCAUCCCUCCAUCCACCCCGUAUUUCUCCAUCGGCCUGGGAAAGUUUCCAGGGGAAGGAGGCAUCGUGGCUCCGGGAAUGAGCUGCCAUUACACCGUUCGCUUCAUUCCGGACAGUCUCGCCGAUUUUGAGGAUUUUCUACUAAUUGAGUCCCAAGCUCCGUAUCCGGUACUUGUUCCCAUCGAAGCAAGACGUCCACCGCCGGUUUUAACACUGCCUCACACCUUGGACUGCGGUCCUUGCUUAGUGGGCGGAGUUAAGGUCAUGGAGUAUUUCUGCCGCAACGAGGGAAUGAGCCGCGGACGCUUCUGCGUCAUGCCCAAGAGCGCGUGGCCUCCGGCUAACUUUCGGAGCGUGGCUACAGCUGGCUUUGUGGAGGAAGGCCCAUUUGGAAUUCAGCCUGCUCUGUUUGAACUGUACCCUGGUCAAGAGAUAGCUAUUGAGGUCGUUUUCUUUCCAUCUUCUCCUGAAAAAUACAACCAUGUUUUUACCGUCGUUUGUGAUAACUGCCAGGUUAAGGAUAUCACACUAACAGGGUACGGAGAGAUGGUGGGCCUGGAGUUGGUGUCGGUGAGUGGUGGAGACAAUGAGACAGCAGCCGAGGAUCUAUCGGACCUCUCAGGCAAACACCUGCUACGAUUCCCACCAACCAACCCGAGCUCCAGCGUGCAGAAGAGUCUGGCAAUAAGGAACACCACACACGUGGCUCUUCCUUACUACUGGCAGAUCAUCGACCCAAAUUUACAAACCAGAAAACCUGAAGAAGGCACCAAACUCAACUUCAACGAGGAUACCAAACCAGCUUUUAGCUUGAGUCCAACGCAAGGCGUCCUUCAACCUCAUGAAGUCCACACGUUCACAGUAACCUACUGCCCCACAGAGGUGGCGGAUUAUCACAGUGUCGCUCAGUUGCUGCUCCAGGACAUCCCAUGGCCCCCUAGUGCAGAAAAGAAGGGUCUGGCGGCUCUGUCCGAGCUGGAACCUACAGCGAAUGAUGUCAUUGCCCUGGACGUGGACUUCAAAGGAGUCUCUGAGCCGUUUAACGUAUUGUUGGAUCCAUACAUCAUCAUCUUCCCGGGAGAAACCUUUAUAGGCUCGACAGUGAGAAAGCCAUUUGUGAUGUGGAAUAAUAGCUGCUCUGCUAUUAACUUCAAAUGGGAAACCGCUACAUCCCGCAACAUCGUUCAGAUUGUACCAAAGACUGGAACUAUUGAGUCGAAGAAAUACGGUGACUUUGAGCUGAUUUUGAGCGGAGGGCAGAUCGGAUCCGUCAGUCAUGAGAUUGAGUGUUUCAUAGAGCAUUCUCCGGAGCCGGUGGUCCUGGGGGUCGCGGCCGCUUUCAAGGGGCCGGUUGUGGUUUUGGAUCUCCCGUCGCUCAGCUUGGGUCUGAUGAAGCUGGGCAGUAGAACACGAAGCGUCCUCACUCUUGCGAAUACCGGUCCAUUGGCGGCCAAAUGGAGUCUGCAGGAGAGCGGGGCCUGUCUGACAGCACGGGGAGAGGAGGAAUCCCAGUUCUGUAUUACCCCGAAUGGCGGGGAAUUGCCCCCGCUUAGUACAACCCAAGUGACGGUUGUGUUCCAGCCGCGGGUUUGUCAGAAGCUGGAGACAGUUCUGGAGCUGGAGGUGGAACAUGGAGAACCAAGUUAUCUGCCCAUCUCGGCCGUCAUCCAGACCCCGCGGCUCUGCCUCCUGACGAGUACCCUGGAGUUCAGGGAGAUUUAUGCAGGGGUCCCAGCGCAGGCCACCGCGAAGAUCUUUAACCAGGGGCUUUUACCUGCAAGGUUUUCCUGGGGAGAGUUAACUGGUGGCCAUUCCACGCACUGCGUGGCCACAAUCUCACCGGCAACUGGGACCUUGGGACCGAACGAGGAGGCUGAUCUGCAGGUGGAGGUGACGGCUCUUACACUGGAUGAAUUCAGCGACGUUGCUUUCCGCUGCACCGUUGAAGACAUGGCAGAGCCUCUCGUCUUACAAAUAAAAGCAAAAGCUCGCGGCCUGCACGUCACGUACUCUCUAACCGCGGAAGGAGACAGUUUACAGGGAACGCCUUCUACCCCCGAGGAGCUGCUGUUAGAUUUCGGGUCAGAGGUGGCUCUACAUAGCGCUGCACAGCGGCAACUGAUCCUGACCAAUCACACUGCCAUUCCGGCCCCUUUCACGCUCCGCGCUGCGUAUUUCAGCGGCUCCCGUGCCCCAAAAACUCAAGAAAAUGACUUAUCCACAGAUUCUCUCAUACAGAGGACGGCUCGGUUUGCAGAACAGUCAGCGAGCAAAGCCCAGGCCGAAUUUAGAGCGGCGGUGCUGUCCGACGGGAAGGGAGCGGCAUUUAUCCCGCAGCCGGAGUCCGGCACGUUGGGACCUUUUCAGAAGAUGUGCAUCCAAGUGACGGCGUUCAGCAGCGUGUGGGGGGAGUACUCGGACGAGCUCGUCUGCACGGUCGGCGACCUCGCGCCCAAGCAAAUCCCCAUGAGGAUGACGGUGAAAGGAUGCCCGAUUUAUUUCCAGAUGACCGGUCCGAGGCCAGACAGACAGACAGAAGGACCGGUGAUAAGGUUUGGGAGCCACAUAUCCGGUGGAGACACCAUUUCCCGCUGUCUGCGCAUUAAUAAUCCGAGCCCUUGCGAUAUUCGCAUAGAUUGGGAAACAUACAACAGAGAAGAGGAUGAUUCCAAGCUGGUGGACCUGCUGCUGCUUUAUGGAGACCCCUUUCCGCUGAAGGACAUGGAUGGGAAUGAAAUUGUCUGCCGUGGAGAUUCCCCACUCCAGAGUUCCCCAGUGAACUGGGAUAGGAUCCCGAGUACAUGCGGAAGCGUCUCCCGAUCUUCUAGCAGAGACUCCAAUAACCAAGAAGGUGUGGAGGAGACUGAAAAUGUAGAAGACAAACAAGAUGCUCAUUACGACAUGGAACCACCUCCCGAGGAUAAAUUAAUAUCCGUUAUCCUGCGUCCACAUGAGGGCGUGGCCUCUGAUUACCCAUACUGCAUCACACCGAAACAGAUAAUUGUCCCAGCAGGAGGCAGCAGCCUCAUUCACGUGUCCUUCACCCCACUAAUGUUGUCCGGGGUCACCAAUAAGAUUGAAUGCAGCGGCUUUGCCCUGGGGUACAUGAGCUUGGACGACAAGUCUGCGCUGGAAGUGCCUGGGAAGGUGAGGCGGCCACAUGGCUACGGACUGGAACCGAUAAGAAUGGAGCUCCGAGCCUUUGUGAUGCCGGCGUUGCUGACUGUAGAAAUUGAAGAUGAUGACGAUGAGGAUGGUCUGGUGUUUUAUUCGGCAGCCAGCGACCUCAUACCAGAAAGCCGCACACCUCAGAUUUUGACAGAAUCUGUAACUAUCAGAAACCUGAAGCUGGUGAACGUCACCCAAACACCCAUCUUCUUCCGCCUGCUCCUGAACAAACCGUUCGCCGUCACCGCUAUCGACCCAAAUAAUAGCAUGAAGACGUCCCAGAGCGAGCGCGAGGAGCAGCUCGGACAGAUGGUCCUCCAUCCGCAGCAGAACGUCCGGGUUAAGGUCUCCUUCUGCAGCACCCUGGAGCUAUUGAUGUACCAGAAGCUGCCGGCCGACCAGUUGCCUCUCGGGGUCCGGUUACUGGAGUCAGAGAACGGAGAGAAGAAACUGAGUUUUAGUGAGCAGCUGGUGAUUGAGUACAGCAACAAGAGCGUUCAGCUCGUCCCUCUGCGCGCGUUCCUCGCUUUGCCGGUGCUGGAGUCGUCCUGCCGGUCGGUUGAUUUCGGGACGUGCUUCGUGGGACAGACAAGGACACGUGACGUUUAUCUACUGAAUAAGAGCGCAUCCAAAAGCUUCUGGACAGCCCUAAUAGAUAAGCAGAACGAUCCGUCAGCGCAGGAAAUUUUCUCCGUGUCUCCCGGCAGCGGGACGCUCGGCCCCCGUGUCAGCCAUGCGUCGGCGAGCACACAGAUGAUACAGAUCACCUUCACCGCGAGGACGAACGCUGAAUACGAGACCACAGUCGUGAUCCACGGGAAGUUAGGAGAGAAUCCGACGAAACUUCACGUUAAAGGGCGAGGAUCGUACGAUGAGAAAUACGAAGCUUAACGUGAUGCGAAAAUAAACGAUUUGUGGCUCAUGGGGGGGAAUAAAUCAAAUGUAUAGAGAGGCAACGCUCCACCCUCUAUACAUUAACCUGUACAUUUAA